AACGGUCUUCGGGAGCGGCACGCAGCAUUUUUGUUCCGAGGUUCGGGUCCGACUUCGUCGACGGUAAAAGGGGAGCGAGAGUUGUGUAUGUGCGCUGAAGAAGAAGCGGCAGCAGCGUUUGUGUGCAGAAGAGUUCGGGGCUUGAACACAUAUACGGGGCAAGGAAAUUAUGAGUUGAAGCUGAAUAAUAAUCAGGAGGAGUAGCGAAGAACGUCGCGACAUGCGUUGCGGUGUAUUGUGAUGAAAAGAAGCUGCGGGGUUCGGUGCAAGUGAGAGUUUGGAGAACACAGAAAAAAGGUUGGAGUUUGCUGGGCAUGAUCGAGUGAAGCCGAAGAAUUAAGAAUUGAAGCACGAGUGCGCGCGUAACAUGAGAUAGAAGAGGAGAAGAGCCAGGCAGUGUGGUUCGAGUGUGUAGUGUGUAAACAAAUUUAAUGCAUCAGUGAUAUCGGCACAAGUUCCUAACCAUCAAGCAUUCGAGUAACGAGCGACGUCAUCUUGCAUCAUGUCACCAUCGAAGAGCAGCUUCCUGUCAGCGGCAGUGGUGCUGCUGGUCGUAGCGCUAGCCCAUGGAGCUCGCCGUCCCCAGCUGAACGCGGAGCUGGAAACAAGUGGCGGCAACGAUAGAAUGUCAACAACCGAUCCGGGACCGCCCCACCGGUUCCACGCAAUCUUCCAUGCCGCCGCGGCGUCCGCGACGGCCGUCGACUUCAAGUCUUCGCCGGCUGUCGUGGAGAAGAUGAUGGCGGCCGGUAGUCGGGACCGCGUUGACAACAGAGACAACAACAACGGCAACAAGAACCGUUCAACCAGUAGUACUAGGCAGUGUCGCGAAGGUUGCCUGGAAAAGCGCUCCAUCAAGGACAUCCUGUGCACGAACCAGCGGGAAUGCGCAAUGUGCUGGGACGUGUGCAACCGUAACCACCAGAUCCGCAAGGAGAACGAGCUGACGCACCGCCUGCUGCUCAGCCUGAGCCGCAUGAUCCGGAACGAAUCGGUCGUGACGGCCGACAUCGAGUGGACCACACCGGAGGAGCUGCUGGAGCACCAGCCGCAUCCGCAGGCCGUAGUGCCGUCGCCACUCGCCGCGAGUGAAAACGUCGAGCGGUUGUCACGGAUCGCGCGGGAUGGCGCCGCCAACUCGAGUGCCGUGUCCCGGAUAAUCCAGGCGUUGAGCCAAUCGACGGCGUCGCUGCAGGAGCUGAAGUCGACGAGCGGAAGCUCGGAGCAGCAGCAAAGCUUCCACCAGUGUCUGGUGUCGUGGGAGAUCUCCGGCGGAGGUUUGACCGGGAAUCUGCUUACCGAAACGGCCAAGGUUGAGCUGUCGCUGUGGCCAAACACCAAGUAUCACGUGCACGUGACGUGUCGGAAUAAGGAAACCGACCAGCUGAUCCGGUCAGCGCCGCUUCUGAUCGACACCAGCGAAGCCGUGAUCGUGAGCCUUCAGGGCACGACGACCACCACCACCACCACCACGAUGCGACCCCUCGCGAUCAACUCCGUCAUCGAGGAGAUCGACGUGAUCCAGGAGGCGAGCUCGUUCACCGACGGCGAUCCGAUCUCGCCGCUGCAAACGCUGCACCAGAAGCAGCCGGCGCGGCCCCACCUGUGGCCGAUCUACAGCAGCGCCGAGCUGCCGGAAAACUCCAAGGAGAUCGUCAUCCUGGGGGUGUUUGUGGCGAUCCUGGCCUUCGUGCUGAUCGUGCUCACCGUGGUGAUUCUGGUCCGGCGGAAGCAGGACGCGAUCGAGGACCGCGAGCUGCUCAUCGAGAGCGAAGUGCUGCCCAAGAUUCUGCACGUUUGAUAGGACGCCGGCAGCGAUGCGGACGAGUACGAGAGGUGUUUUCUGUAAAUAGCUAUACUCUUGCCUUUUUUUCAUUUCCUCAACGAACCCGCUUCCUACUUUUUCCUACUUAGCGAAACCAGCGCAUAAUUUAAUCAUGUGAAUCCCAAAAAAGAUAAAAACUCUGUAUAAAUUAUUUAGAUAUUAUCCAAACACUCACAAACACAAAACCACUCUUUGUUAGGCUUCUCGAAAAUUUGUUAGUUAUUGCAAACGUUCUUGGCAACGACGACGACGAAGAUAUUGUGAACCAUACAUGAGAUGCAAACAAAAAAGAAUAAAACUAUAAAGAAGAGUGUGGCAGAGCAGUGAAGCGAGAGCAGGCUAGCGAGGGUAUAACAUUGUUAAUGAGAGAGAAAGAGAAAGUAACGAAGAAAGAGAGAAUUAAAAAGAUACUAGUCCUUGUGAAUGUGAAUGAGGGUGAGUGUGAGUGAGAGAAUGAGAAGAAAAGGAGCGAUACGAAGAAGAGUAGUAGGCGGUGGAAGAAGGAAAGGCUUAAAGAGAUAAUUAAGAGAGCGAAAGAGAGAAAAAGAGAGGGAAUGAGAGAAAUUUUAUCAAAGUUACUAGGAAAAAAGAAAUAAAAAUUCUGACGUAAAUUAAAAAAAGUGAAUUAUUGUAAAAUAGGCAAAACAAAACCAAUCAUUACAUGUGUACAUUGUGUAAAAAGACUGAAAAUAAUGUAAAAUAAAAUCAUCGGAAUAAUGAAUCAACAAAACAUAA